CUGUUCGGUAAAAACGUCUUUGAUUGCCAUUCGGAAUCAAUAACUACAUUGCAAAAGGCAGUUCGGGUAUAUAUCGAACCAGUAGACCUGGAAUUGGAAAAUGAUGGGAGUUUACUGAUAACAUCGUUGCAGUCCGCAUUGCCAGGGGCUUCAGGAAUUUAUUUCAAAUUGGACUGUAAAAAGUCUCUCAAAUUUGAUGGGAAAAAGCUGUAUCCGCCAAAUGAUGGCUGGCAGAAUCGGCGGUACUACAUAAAAAAUCAAACACUAAAAAGCAAAAAUGAUACGGAAGAUCUAGAACUUUUAAAAGGUAUAACAUUACUUACGUGUUGCUCUGCUGUGGAGAAUUUCAGUCGUCUUUUUAAUCUCAUCUUGAAGGAUAUAUUCAAACAGAUGUUGUUUUUCUUAAUUUGUGCAGUUGGUACAUUAUAA